CUCUCAGAGCAGUAGAGCUGUUCUUGUGCUGAACUCAGAGCCCUGGAGCGCUCGGAUCCAGUGAUGGUUGAGUUGUGGACGUGUGUUCUUCUGCAGAUAUGUGGUGUUUGCAGUGCAACUCAGAGAAAACACAGUCUCUGCUUGAGCUGGAGCUGGACAGCUGUGUGGAGGGGGGUGUUCAAAACAGCGAGCCCGGCCCUUCCCUGGACACCAGCACAGGAUAUGACCGAGGCCCUGUCACACACAGUUCUUCCUUGAGUCCGGAGCAGUUUGAAAGCCCAGUGUACGGCCACAGCGUCCAGCCAGGCCCUCAGCGCCCGCAGCGGCCCAAACUACAGCACUCUCAGUCCAUCCUCCGCAAGCAGGCAGAGGAGGAGGCCAUCAAGCGCUCGCGCUCCCUCUCUGAGAGCUAUGAGCUCUCCACAGACCUGCAGGACAAGAAGGUGGAAAUGCUUGAGCGGAAAUACGGAGGCCGCUUCAUAACCCGCCAUGCAGCGCGCACCAUCCAGACAGCUUUCCGCCAAUACCAGAUGAACAAGAACUUUGAGCGCCUCAGGAGCUUGAUGUCGGAGAACCGCAUGACCCGCAGGAUCCUUCUGUCCAACAUGAGGAUGCAGCUUUCCUUUGAGGGGCCUGAGAAAGCCCACGGCUCUGUUUUGGAGGGGAGGCGAAUGUCUCUCCUGGACGACGUCAGCCAAGUAGGAGGCAGUAUGGUGCAGGCCGGAGAGAUGGUUCCAGUCAUUUUGGAAGCCCCAGAAACUCAAAACGACUUGACAGACACAAUCACAGAGCUAGAGGACACUUUCUCAAGGCAAGUGAAGUCGUUGGCCGAGUCGAUCGAUGACGCAUUGAACUGUCGUAGUCUGCACAAAGAGGAGAUGCAUCCUGAGCAAGCGCUUUGUGAAGAGGGCAUGCAGCCGGAUGAUGAGCCCCAUGAGCAGCACAAGCUGGAUGAGAUCUGUGACGUGACGCUCUUCAUCGAUGAAGAGGAGCUCUCUCCACUGGUUCAGCCUUCCAGCUCCGCAUCUGAGCAGCGCAUGCAGGCUAUCGGUUGGUCCAUGGACGCCAAGGAGGACAAGGUGGACACGGACACUCCUUCCCUCGAAUGCCAGGGGCCAGAGUUACCCCUGCUGACCAUCGAGCCUCCCAGCGACAGCUGCGCAGAUGUAAGCGGUCGCUCUGAGCAUGGUUUGCUCCAGCCACUAAAUAUUCACGAACAGACUGUAGCAGGCCCCCGGGCAAGUCCCAAACCAGUCGCACAUGGACUACCUCCUAGAGUCCCCUCGCUCUCUGGAGACGAAGAGCCGCUUCGACACCGGCAGCUGGAGAGCCACCUGGCCACCAACGGCAGCCGGCAGAGCAAGUCCGAGUCAGACUUCUCAGACGGAGACAAUGACAGCAUCAACAGCAAUUCAAACUCCAUUGACACGAUAAACUCAGAAUUGCCAUCUAGAGACGAGAGUCUCAGCAAACAGACCUACCACAAAGACACUCGCAACAGCUGGGACUCUCCGGCCUUCAGCAGCGAUAUCAUGCGCAAGAGACAAUACCGCAUUGGCCUCAACCUCUUCAAUAAAAAGCCAGAGAAGGGCAUCCAGUACCUGACGGAGAGGGGCUUUAUUCCUGACACACCUGUAGGUGUGGCCCACUUCCUGCUGCAGAGGAAAGGCUUGAGUAGACAAAUGAUUGGGGAAUUCCUCGGGAACAGACAGAAGCAGUUCAACAGGGAUGUUUUAGACUGUGUGGUGGAUGAGCUGGAUUUCUCAGUGAUGGAGCUGGAUGAAGCUUUGAGGAAAUUCCAGGCUCAAAUCCGGGUUCAGGGCGAGGCACAGAAGGUGGAGCGCCUGAUCGAGGCUUUCAGCCAGCGCUACUGCAUCUGUAACCCUGAUGUGGUCCGUCAGUUCAGAAACCCUGACACCAUCUUCAUCUUGGCUUUCGCCAUCAUCCUCCUCAACACAGACAUGUACAGCCCCAACGUCAAGCUGGAACGAAAGAUGAAACUUGAGGACUUUGUCAAGAAUCUGCGAGGGGUUGAUGAUGGCGAGGACAUCCCUCGGGAGAUGCUGGUUGGGAUUUACGAGCGGAUCCAGAAGAAGGAGCUCAAAACCAAUGAUGACCACGUGACUCAGGUGCAGAAGGUGGAGAAACUCAUUGUGGGCAAGAAGCAAAUGGGAUCACUUCACCAUGGCCUUGGAUGUGUGCUGUCUCAGGCCCAUCGCAGGCUGGUGUGCUACUGCAGACUGUUCGAGGUCCCAGAUCCCAACAGACUGCAGAAACUGGGGCAGCACCAGCGGGAGAUCUUCCUGUUUAAUGACCUGCUGGUGGUUACCAAGAUCUUCCAGAAGAAGAAAAACUCAGUGACGUAUAGUUUCAGGCAAUCUUUCUCUCUGUACGGGAUGCAAGUGAUGCUCUUUGAGAACCAGUUCUAUCCAAAUGGUAUCCGGCUGACUUCAGCCAUUCCUGGUGCAGACUUCAAAGUCCUGAUCAAUUUCAAUGCUCCCAACUCUCAGGACCGCAAGAAAUUCACCAGCGAUCUGCGCGAGUCCAUCUCUGAGGUCCAGGAAAUGGAAAAGUACCGGAUAGAGUCUGAGCUGGAGAAACAGAAAGGAGUGGUCAGACCCAGUAUGUCGGGCCUAAAGAAAGAGAGCGGAAACGGCACCAUGGGCCGCACUAGUCUGGAUGACACGUAUGCCAUGGGGGAGGGGCUAAAGCGGAGCGCGCUCAGUAGCUCCCUGCGUGACCUUUCUGAAGCAGGGCUCCAUCUUUAGCAGUCUUCCUCUGCAUCAGAGAGAACCUUCCUUCCAGAAGCAUCUGUUUCCUGACAGACACAGCGCUCCAAACUCCAAACUCGGGUCACUUUUCGACAGCAGUCACGAAUCCUCCACCGUAUCACCGCUCCCCACUAGUGCGGCCUGUACCUCUUCAAACAGCUUUCACACGCGCUGUGCAAUAACCAUCAGCCCCAAAACAGAGAAGAGCGCGCUGGUGUGAGCUUUAAACAGACACGUGAUGAGCAAAACCAUACCAGAGCCAUACCAGCCAAUCCCAACAGAGCGGCGCAUGUGCAAAAACAGCAUCUGUGUUUGAUGUCUCUCAUACUUAUAGCAUUCUGCCUACGGGUGUAUGUCACAAGAUUAGAAUUCUGACAAGAAUUUAUCAUUUGCAUAAAGAAUACCAAGGACCAUUAAGAAAUAUUGCAUUGUAACUUAGUUUUCGUGACACAUUUUGUCUUACUGUAAUGCAUUUUAAAGUUAUAC